AUGUUGCAGUCUAAUAACUAUGCAACUACGCAAGCCAUGGAAUUAGAUGUGUUAAAAGGACUAAGUGACAAAUCCAUAAAAGACACGCCCACAGCAGACAUACCCACAGCAGCCACGCCCAUAGCAAACACGCCCACAGAAAGCACACUGACAGCAGCCACACCCAUAGCAGCCACGGUCACAGCACACACGUCCACAGAAAACACACCGAAUGCAGACACACCCACACAGACACACCCACGGAAAAAAACACCCACAGUAGACACGCCCACAGCAGACACGCCCACAGUAGACACGCCCACAGCAGAAACGCCCACAGCAGACACGCCCACAGCAGACACACCCAUAGCAGCCACUGUCACAUCAGACACGUCCACAGAAAACACACCGACAGCAGACGCACCCACGAAAAAAAACACCCAGAACAAGACACGCCCACAGCAGACACGCCCACAACAGACACGCCCACAACAGACACACCCACAGAAAAAAGCACCCACAGUAGACACGCCCACAGCAGACACGCCCACAGCAGACACGCCCACUGCAGACACGCCCACCGCCAAACGUACCUGA